AUGAACGGCUCUCCAACCGUUUCUGCUCCCAAGCGUGAGAAAGAUCCAAAGAAAAGAAUAGUGAUAAGCGGAAUGGGUUUAGUUUCUGUCUUCGGAAACGACGUUGAUGGUUUCUACGAUAAGCUCCUCCGCGGAACAAAUGGAGUUGGAAUGAUCGAUCGGUUCAACACGUCAGAGCUCGCGGUUAAAUUCGCUGGUCAGAUUCAUGAGUUUUUGUCGGAAGGGUACGUUGAUCAAAAGUCUGAUCGUCGGCUGGACGACUGCUGGAGAUACUGCCUUGUCGCCGGCAACAAGGCGCUGGAGAGCGCCAAUCUUGGUCCCCAACAACUGAUUAAUAUGGACAGAUCGAAUGGAGCAGUGGUGGGAGCAGGAGUGGGAGGCUACACAAUCUUCUCCACCAAGAUGGAGAAAAUGAUCAAAAGGGGAUAUCAUAAGCUGUGCCCAUUCUUUGUCCCUGUCCUAAUCACAAACAUGGGAUCCGCCUUGCUCGCUAUUGAUAAUGGACUGAUGGGCCGCUAUUCAAUAUCUACUGCAUGUGCUACAGCCAAUUGUGCUUCUUUCGCCGCCGCUACCAUAAGAAAGGGCGACGCUGAUGUAAUGAUCGCCGGCGGUACGGAGGCGCCCAUUCUUCCGAUGGGCAUUGCGGGAUUUUUCGCAUGUCGGGCUUUGUCUCUGCGCAUGCUGAGUCCUGAUAAGGCUUCUCGUCCAUGGGAUAAAGGCCGGGAUGGGUUUUGUCAUGGGAGAAGAUCUGGAAUUCUGGUGAUGGAGAGCUUAGAGCAUGCAAGGAAAAGGGGGGCAAAUAUAAUUGCAGAGUAUUUGGGCGGUGCAAUAACCUGUGAUGCUCAUCAUGUUACUGAGCCACGCCCAGAUGUGCUCGGAAUCACUUCCUGCAUAACUAGGAGCAUGGAGGAUGCUGGAGUUUCUCCUGAGGAGGUGAAUUAUGUCAAUGCACAUGCAACAUCCACACCAGCAGGAGAUAUAACAGAGCUCAACGCAAUAAAGGAAAUCUUUCAAAAUACAUCGGAGAUUAAAAUAAAUGCAACCAAGUCAAUGAUUGGGCAUUGCCUUGGGGCAGCUGGGGGACUGGAAGCCAUUGCUACGAUCAAAGCUAUUACUACGGGCUGGCUGCAUCCAACGAUCAACCAAUAUAACUUGGAGCCAGAGGUUACGAUUGACACGGUGCCUAAUGUGAAGAAGUAUCAUGAGAUUAAUGUUGCAAUAUCGAAUUCAUUCGGCUUUGGAGGCCAUAAUUCUGUGGUGGUUUUUGCUCCGUUCCGACCUUAG